AUUAUAACAAUGUUAAAUAUAAGUUAUCAUUUACCGACUCAGCCCUGUAUUUUUGUACAGUAUUGCGAACUAACUGUGAUUCAAUGGUAAUGUAGAUUAUUUAUCAUAUGUCACGUAUUAUCUAUCAAUUUUAGUUGGUCAUUUUUUCUAUAGAUGUCACUAGCGGUAUAUUUUUUUUAUUGGUGCCCAUGUGGGCACUUUCUAACCUAAAAAAAAUAUUGUUUACACGUGAAAGAAACCGUGAUUUUUGCAGUCCACUUUUAUUUAUCGUAAUAAAAAUAAAAUGGAAGAGAAGGUAACUAGAAUGGAAGAUAUCCUUGAGGAAAAUUCGUCUGACGAUGACAUGUCACAUAUAAAUGAAAUUAAUGUAGAGAAAACAAAUCAGAUGUCUUUUAAACAAGACAUUCCAAAAGGAAAACCAAAAUCCGGUAGAAUAUGGAAAGAACCUAGAAAGAGAUUUUCAUCUAUAGUCAAGAGCAGAGGUAUACGGUUAUCUCUUGAAAAGAAACAGAAGUUGAAAGAAAAUUUGCAACGUGCUAAGGAAAUGUCAAGAACAAUUAAGGAACAAAAACAGGCGGAGAAGGAAGCAAAGAAGCAAAGGAGAAUAGAAAAUUUGAAGAGAGCAGAAGAAAAUAGAAAAAAGGGCGAAGUUGUACAAGUUAUUAAAAAUACUGCCAAACUAAAGAGAAUGAAAAAGAAACAAUUGAGAUUGAUCGAAAAAAGGGAUACAAAUGAUGCUUAAAAAAAAAAAAGUCUUUUAAAAAUAUUGUUAAAAUAUGUAAAAACGAACAAUUCUCUUUUAAUUAAACACAUUUAUGAAAAUGAAGCUUGACAAAAAAUUCUUAAAAAUAUUGUUGAAACAUAAUACAUACAAACGAAAAAAUCUACUUGUAAAAAAUUAAACUAUCUGGUAUAAAAAUACUUUAUAUGGUAAAUCAGUAUCAAUAAGUAACAAUAAGUCUUAAGUUUAUAAAAAAAAAGAAAAAAAAAGAAAAAAAAGAAAAAAAAAAAGAAAAAAAGACAAACAAACAAUCUUAUUAUGUAUCUUCCUUUUGUUUUUGAAUCUUUUUUGUCAUCACAAAACUUUCUAGUUCCUUAAUAAGAUUAUUACCUGAAGUGUUCCUCCACUAUAGAAAAAAAAAAGAAAAGAAAAAGAAGAAAAUAAUUAUAAUCAAACAAAUUUGUUCUAUUUAAAUAACAA